AUGGUUGCCAUUCUCGAAAUCGGUGCCUUUUGCUCGUCCCUCAUCGUCGGCCGAGUUGGCGACAUUAUCGGUCGUCGGAGAACAAUUCUAUACGGGUCGUGCAUCUUUUUCGUCGGCGGUGCCAUACAAACUCUCGCCAUGACCAUGUUCCAGAUGAUGUUGGGUAGAAUCAUAGCCGGUUUCGGUGUCGGCAUGCUCUCGACCAUCGUUCCCGUCUAUCAGUCCGAGAUCUCGCCUCCCCACAAUCGUGGUAAGCUCGCCUGUAUCGAGUUUUCCGGCAAUAUUAUCGGCUACGCAUCGUCUGUUUGGGUUGACUACUUCUGUGGGUUCAUCCAAAGCAACAUGUCCUGGCGCAUACCGCUAUUUAUGCAGUGCGUGAUGGGUGGUCUUCUUGGCUUGGGCAGCUUGAUCAUCGUCGAGUCUCCGAGAUGGCUGCUUGACAAUGACCACGACGAAGAAGGCAUUGUCGUUAUCGCUAAUCUGUACGGCGGUGGUGAUAUCCACAACGCCAAGGCCCGUGACGAAUAUAGGAACAUUAAGAUGGACGUUUUGCUGCAACGUCAGGAGGGCGAACGCUCAUAUGCCGACAUGUUCCGCAGGUACCGGACCCGGGUGUUCAUUGCCAUGUCUGCCCAGGCUCUCGCCCAGCUCAAUGGCAUCAACGUCAUCUCGUACUAUGCCCCGUACGUCUUCGAGUCUGCGGGCUGGGUUGGCCACGAUGCCAUCCUCAUGACCGGAAUAAACGGCAUCACGUACUUCCUGUCAACCAUCCCUCCUUGGUACAUUGUGGACAAGUGGGGCCGCCGACCCAUCCUGCUGAGCGGAGCUGUCGCCAUGGUGUUCGCACUUUCGGUAAUCGCCUACUACCUUUAUCUUGAUGUGAAGUCAACACCGACCAUGGUUGUUAUCUUUGUGAUGAUCUACAACGCCGCCUUCGGAUACUCGUGGGGUCCCAUCCCGUGGCUCUACCCGCCGGAGAUUCUCCCCUUGAGCAUCCGUUCCAAGGGCGCAAGUCUGUCGACCGCCACUAACUGGGCCUUCAACUGGUUCGUGGGUGAAACCACCCCUGUGUUGCAGGAAGCAAUCCACUGGCGUCUGUAUCUGCUACAUGCGUUCUGGUGUGCCGUCAGUUUCGUUGUUGUGUACUUCAUCUACCCAGAAACGUGCGGUGUCCGCCUCGAGGACAUGGAUGUCCUAUUCGGCGACGCGAGCACCGCUGCAGGGACACCCUCCCUUCGAGCGGAGACCGAUUCCCUCAUGCCAACAGGCUCUCCCAUCGGCUCCGAUUACCGCGGUCGCCCCGCCUUCACUCCAGCAAAUGCUAUUCCCGAGUUGUUAACAGGAGCCGGAGUAGAGCAGGUAGCGGCAGCAGCAGUGGCAGAUACGCCCCGAUCCGGCAGGGCGAAGACUAGGCUCUCGCACAACGGAGUUCAGAGCGGUCCCGAAGCCAAGCUCACCCAGAGUCCCCAAAUUUCCAUCUUCUCUAUCAAAACCCAUGACCUGGCGUUAUAUUCAAUGAUGGCGACGCAGGAAGUCAUCCACGCAUACCGCCAUCUCUAUCGCGGUCUCCUUCACGCCGUCAGAUUCUCCGCGCCAGCGCGAUACAUAGCUCGCGACCAGCUACGCCGGGCAUUUCGAGAGCCAGUUACUAUAUCAACAUCAGCUACAUCUACUACGACUCGCUCGCCCGUGCUUGACCCGGAAGCGGUAAAACGGACGAUAUGGUUCCUCCAAGCGGCGGCGAAGGACCGGGGCCUUGAGCAUAAGGUGUUGAAGAAUUUGCUCAAGGUCGCGAUGUUCCGCCACGGAAAGUGGGUGUCGAGGAGGAAGACGUGGAGGACUGUUCAGCUGGAGUUGAGUCAGGGGAAGCCGCAGGAUGGACAGGAAAAGUAG